AUGCCCGCCGAGAUCCUACCUCGACAAGAGCCUUGUCCAACUCCUAUCACCAUUACUGUCAUUCAAGCUCCCCCAGAGGCCACAAUGGUUGCAGCAGACCCGAGUUCUCUAGCAAGCUUCUUCUCUCAUGUGUCAGCGGUUGAGUCUGCAGGAGUACUCCAGCAAAGUCAGAACCGUCCUACCGACUACACCACAAUACCAGAAACUACACCGUUCUUAUUCUCCGCUACAGCCUCAGCCCCAGCAGCUCUUGGUACUGAUCUUCCAAACGACGAUUCAGUGAUAUACAUCAGCACAGGACAAACCUCAGCUGCUGUCGCUACAACUGUAUUCAGUUUUCCUGCCUGGGAUACUCCGAAGACAAACAUUGCGUCAGAGGCCUCGUCAACAAGCUCAGCGUCGGAUUCUAACAAUGACGGCACAAUCACUAUCACAACGUACGUAUCGACUGAGACGAUUACGCCCUUGACAACAGUCUACACUCCCUCAUCGAAUCUCUCAAUCACUGCCCGAGGACUUGAGAAGAGACAGACAUGCUCGAUGGUGUUUGCACCUAUAAACGGUGUAUGGGCGUCUUGGUGCAACAACUGGCAAGGAACACUGGUGAUAUUGCCAACCACAUUCGAGACAACAAAACUCAUGACAACACCUCCAGGUAUUGAUCCUAUUCCCCAAAGUGUAUACGAUCCUUCUGGGACGCUGUCGCAUGGAGCAAACACAGCUGGUAAUACCACACUAGAGCAGGCUACUUCAACGUCCAUACCCAGCUCUAUCCCGAAACCACCAUCUGAGCCUACAUCUACGUCGACAGCCGCCUCUUUGCCUGCACCACCCGCGCAGCCGAGCUCGACUUCAGCAGCUAGCAUUCCUGCAGUUCCAACUUCGUACGGUAAUACUACAUCCCUCAGCUCGUCGCCAUCCAAAAGUAGUGUUGUUGUGACAGGUACUGUCAUCGUCACGCUGCCAGUAACAACAAUUACUCAGACCUAUGGAGACGCAGGAUCAACGUCGUCCAGUGCGGGCUCGGUCUCUACCGCUUCGCCAGCACCAGCACCAUCCUCGUCAUGUGGCGAAGUUGCCGAUUUUGCUGUCACAUUUGAUGACUUGCCAGCCUAUUCAACGAACAAUCCUAACGACACUGCUACACCGCCAAUUUUCAGUCCCUACGUUCACUUCUCUUGGUCGAGUGGGUACGGGUAUGGUCCACCUCCACCAGCUCCAUUCUCACCAGUUGAUGGGGAUCAAUUGGCCAUCUAUGACCCAACAGAUGCUGGCAACAUCAAUACCGCUGGCUUGCAGGGUCGAGAUCUUCCUGGGUCAUUCGGUGCCGGACAACGAGCGUACAAUAGCACCUUUUGGUUCAAUCCUUGGGCUGUUUACAUUGGCUGCAACAAUACAGUAUCGAACAUACCUUGCACUCUCAAAGUAACGGGUUAUCAAUGGCAGGCGACUGUCUCCCCAAGCACCAGCCUUGCUGACGGCCAAGAAGUCGUUGCUGUUGAAGCAGUGUUCCCUGCUCCAGGCAUAUGUAUGAAGCCACCAUGUGCAUUAAGCAAGAUCUCCUUUGAUGCCAGCAAGUUCUUCAAUUUGUCAUCCAUUCGGUUCGAGGCAAAGCAAGGAGAGCUAGAGACUGGCUUCUUCCUUGACUCAGUCCAAAUUGUAUGGGCCAACCGCACCUGCGAAGCUGGUCUUGAGCGACAGGGUUCACGCAAAUAG